CACGACCUAUCGAUACUACCCUAUCUCCCACUACUAUGCCUCCAAAGGCGUCCUCAAAUGCAGCAGAUACUGCGCCUCUCAUCGACCUCUUCAAAUCGAUAGGCCUCACUCAGGCCAAAGCUGCAGAGGCGGCAAAGAACCCGAAAAGCGCUACCAUCUUCAAGGACUUGAUCGAGAAGUAUGCGCUCGUAGGAAAGCUGGACGAGAAACAGGCAGGGUUGGUUGCUGCACUUGCGGUGCAACUGUCGAAGACCAAUGUCGGGGAGGAAGAGAAGAGUUACGUCGUGAAUGCUAUCCUGGACGGAAGGCUGAAGAGCGUGGACCAGGUCAAUGCCGCGGUGAAGUACGUUGAGGGCCACACAGUUCCCAUAGACGACAGUGACUUCGAUAUUCAGUGUGGCGUAGGGUUUAGCAUUACAGCGGAGGAGCUUGCUCUGCGAGUGACGGAGUACAUCAAGGCUAACGCCGUUGCGGGUUGGACCAACCUUGGGUCUACCAUCACCGGUCUGAAAAAUACUCCCGAACUUCGGUGGGCUAGUCCACUAGAUCUCAAGAACGCCGUCGAGAAAGCGUUCCUCGAGACAUUUGGUGCAAAAGAGACCGCGAAGGCGAAGGCCAAGGAACCGAAGAAGGAGGCCAAGGAUAAGCCUACGAAACAGGCGGAGGCUAAUUUCUCAGUAUCGGCCUCUGGAAGCUCGAAAUCUGUCUUCGAGGAAGGAUUCCUUGGUCGUCUCCAUAAACCGGGAGAAAACCCCCAGAUCAAGCCUAGUCUUCGUGAAGAACACCUGAAGGCCACCGGAGGUCUCGUAUACACCCGAUUCCCCCCAGAGCCCAAUGGUUACCUCCACAUCGGACAUUCGAAGGCCAUCUUCGUCAACUUUGGGUAUGCGGCGCAUCAUGGAGGGAAGUGCUACCUGAGGUACGACGACACGAAUCCGGAGAAGGAGGAAGGGAGGUAUUUUGAGAGCAUUCUGGAGACAGUUCGUUGGCUGGGUUUUGAGCCUUGGAAGAUCACGUAUUCCAGUGAUUACUUUGAUCAGCUCUACGAGCUGGCGGUGGUCUUGAUCAAGAAGGAUAAGGCGUACAUUUGUCAUUGUACCGGCGAGGAAAUCCACGAACACAGAGGCGGCGACAAUGGAGGUGCGAGAACGGCAUGCAAACAUCGUGAUCGCCCUGUCGAGGAGUCACUACGAGAGUUCGAAGGGAUGAAAACGGGGAAAUACCAGCCAGGAGAGGCCAUCCUUCGUAUGAAGCAGGAUCUGGAGGACGGGAACCCCCAGAUGUGGGACUUGAUCGCAUACCGUGUUCUGCUUACUCCUCACCACCGAACAGGCGACAAGUGGAGGAUCUACCCGACUUACGACUUCACUCACUGUUUGGUUGAUAGCUUCGAAAAUAUUUCGCAUUCGCUAUGUACCACCGAGUUCAUCGCGUCGCGCCAGUCAUACGAAUGGCUCUGCGACCAGGUCGAAGUCUACAAGCCAAGGCAGUCCGAAUACGGUCGACUUGCUAUCCAAGGCUCCGUCAUGUCAAAGCGGAAAAUUCUCGCCCUCGUCGAUGAGAAAUACGUGCUCGGCUGGGACGAUCCACGGCUAUACACUCUCAUCGCCCUGCGGCGUCGUGGCGUCCCACCAGGCGCCAUCAUCUCCUUCGUCAGCACGCUUGGGAUAUCCACCAGCCCCUCCAACAUCGAACUCGCCCGAUUCGACCAGACCGUCCGUCAGUAUCUCGAAAAUAGCGCCCCUCGGCUGCUCAUGGUCCUUCGUCCCCUGAAAGUGACCAUCGAGAAUCUUCCAGAGGACUACGUCCUCAUGGUCGAGAAACCGCUCCACCCUAAAGUGCCAGAGCUGGGUACGAGUCAGAUUCCGUUCACGAGGACAGUUUACAUCGAUCGAGAUGAUUUCCGACUGCAAGACUCUCCGGAUUAUUUCCGUCUGGCGCCAGGGAAGACCGUCGGCUUGUUCCAGGCUCCUCAUCCCAUCACCUGCACUUCGCACAAAACCGAUCCAACGACUGGAGAGGUAACAGAACUCAUCUGCAAGCUGGAGGAACCGGCCGCGGGCCAACCGCCGAAGAAGCCCAAGGCUUUCAUCCAGUGGGUGGCGGAACACGCGCCAAGCGGAAGUCCUGUUCGCGUCGAUGAGACGAGGGUCUUCCACCGGCUGUUCAAGAGUGACAACCCUCUCGCUGCUGUUCCUGACUUCAAGGCCGAUGUGGACCCGAAUAGCUUGGAGAUCAUCAAGGGUGCGAUGGUGGAGAGCGGGUUCUGGGCGCUUGCGAAACGCACGUAUGCCAGCGCUAAGGUGGAAGGGGCGACGAGGACGAAGCGAGCGUUGGAGGAGAACAAGGGCAUCAACUCGCAUGAACCGGCUGCGGGAGCGUCAGGACACGGGCAUGCGGAUGAGCCGCAAGUGAGCAGCGAGCAGCUGGUGGGCAAGGAGUGCGUCAGGUUUCAAGGAUUGCGGGUGGCGUAUUUCGCGCUGGACUCGGAUUCGAGGGUGGCGUCUCUCGAUGAAACGGCCGAUGUGGCGGCCGGGAGGAGGCAAGGUGACUUCUUGGUAUUGAACCGGAUCGUGAGUUUGAAGGAGGAUUCGGGCAAGGCGGCAUGAACACGAACCGAGAAGUAGAUUUGAAUGUAUUUGGUAUACCACUCGCGCGUAGCUAAUCUAAGAGAAUACAGUAAUAGACCGGCGGUGCCUAGGAAAGCG